AUGGCAACAAAUAGAGUUUGCAAAAAGUUUUUCCUAGCUACAUUAUGUGUUAGCUUUGGUCCAGUUUAUACAGCUUUGGCUGAGAAGGGCGAGGCUGGUAACUUUGUUGGUGAAGGUAAAAGGGGUCAUCAUACACCGAGUAACAAGACUAGCGAGGAACGAUUAGAUUUAGUUCGUAAGCAUAUAGAAAGUUUUCCGAAGAUUGAAUCACACUACACCAGAAGUGAUACCCAUCGCCAAUACUUAAACCUAGAUCUGAGUAUAAGUAAGAUGUACCAGUUGUAUAAAUUGUAUUGUGAUCAAUUAGUACCACCAAAAACAAAUCCUGUAGAAGAAUUAACAUACAGAAGAUUAUUUUGUACUGAAUACAACCUUUCCUUCUUUCACCCCAAAAAAGACCAAUGCAUGAAAUGUUCAAAACAUGAAAUCUUAACAGGCAUUGAUAACGUCAAUUUUGAGGAGGAAUACCAGGCUCAUCUCCAACGCAGUAAAGAAGCUCAAGCUGCAAAGUCUUCAGAUAAAUUAAGAGCUACAAAAGAUUCAAAUUUCAUCUCUGCUUCUUUUGAUCUUCAAAGCGUUCUUCACCUACCAAAUACCAAUGCAUCCCUCCUCUAUUACAGUAGAAAGCUUAGUCUAUACAAUCUAUGUAUUUAUAAUGCAGCCAAACCUAACGAUGCAUUUUGCUACUGCUGGAACCAAGUUCAAGCUGGGCGUGGAAGAUUGGAACCGCUAUUUACAAUUGGUUAUCAGAUCUACCGAGUAAUAUUAGACUUGGAGAGGUAUCACUUUUUUCAGAUACAUGCGGAGGUCAAAACCGGAAUCAAAAUGUAG